CAACCUGUGCUGCGGUGCGCACGUCUCAGUGCAAAGCUACACGCGUACGAGCAAGCAUCUAGCAGUUUCUGAGCACAAAACACUUACGUACUAUACUUAACAUGAAUGAGUUAAUGACCAACAAGUUUUUCGCCAGUCUAGGUUUCGGAUAAGUUGUUGUGUUGAUGUGACUAUAUCGAAAACUGUUUUUAGUUCGUGUUGUUUAUUCUGUGAUAUUUAAGUUUGCCAAAUCUGGAUCUAAUAGUUAUAAUGCCCAGGCGGAAAAAUAGAAACAUGAGAGCCAAAAAGCAAAAUGUUAGGCGGUGUUACUGCAAGGGCCACUGUCCCAACGACGAGGAAUCCGGGACGUGCGAAGUCAAACCGGGCGGUAAAUGCUUUACUUCGGUCAGCGCCGACUAUGACAACGAUGGAAAGGAAGUACCCCUCUACCAGUAUGGUUGCUUUUCUGCCGAUGAGCGAGGACAUAUGCAAUGCAAGGGGCAUCUGGUGCCGCACGAGCAGAGCAAGUCGAUCCAGUGCUGCGACCACGCCGACCUGUGCAACCAGGACCUGAAACCCAUGUACUCGCAGAGACCGACGCCGAACACGCCGGAUUUCUCCGCCGAAAGCCUCCCCAUAGUGAUCCUGCUCGUCAGCGUGACCUUCUGCAUAUGCAUAAUCCUGGUGAUCGUCGCGCUCGUCUACCUCAAGUACCGACGGAAGGAGAUGCAGCGCAAGUGCAGCCUCUACAAGUACAGCGAGAAGUACCCCAACAUGGAGAUACACGGCCCUCUUAACGAUCUCAUCGAGCAGUCCUCGGGUUCGGGUUCUGGGUUGCCGCUGCUCGUGCAGCGCACGAUAUCCAAGCAGAUCGAGAUGAUCGCGUCGGUGGGCAAAGGGCGAUACGGGGAGGUUUGGCUGGCCAGGUGGCGCGGGGAAAGGGUCGCGGUGAAGGUGUUUUUCACCACCGAGGAGCAGUCGUGGUUCAGAGAGACGGAGAUAUACCAGACGGUGUUGAUGCGCCACGAUAACAUUCUCGGGUUCAUAGCGGCGGAUAUCAAGGGGACGGGGUCGUGGACGCAAAUGUUGCUUAUAACGGAUUAUCAUGAGAAUGGUUCUCUCUACGAUUAUCUGCAGAAUAACUGCCUCGAUCCCGCUUCGCUGCAUACGAUGACGUCCAGUAUCGCGAGCGGGUUGUGCCACUUGCACACGGAAAUCUUCGGGACCCGCGGGAAACCGGCAAUCGCGCACAGAGACAUAAAGAGCAAGAACAUUUUGGUGAAGCGCGACGGGGAGUGCUGCAUCGCGGAUUUCGGUCUGGCGGUGAAGUACCUGUCGGAUACGAGCGAGAUCGACGUGCCGCCGAACGCCAGGUCCGGCACGCGGCGCUACAUGGCCCCUGAACUCCUCGACAACACCAUAAACGUGCACAACUUCGAGGCGCACAAGAGCGCCGACAUGUACGCUUUCGGGCUGGUGCUGUGGGAGAUGGCGCGCCGGUGCGCGUCGGGGGACAAGCUGAAGUGCGCCGAGGAGUACCAGGUGCCGUACCACGACUGCGUGCCGAGCGACCCGAGCUUCGAGGAGAUGCAGCAGGCGGUGUGCGCGAAGAAGGUGCGGCCGCAGAUACCGGCGCGCUGGGAGGCGGAGGGCGUGCUGCUGACGCUGUCGAAGAUCAUGCAGGAGUGCUGGCACGGCACGCCGGCCGUCAGGCUGACGGCGCUCAGGGUGAAGAAGACGCUGGCCAAGCUCGACACCGACGCCUCGAUCAAGAUCGUGUAGAGAGACUUGUUGCGUGUUGUUUGACGUGGAAAGCUUUAAGUACGGCGGGUUGCCGGGUUGCGGGGGGCGGUGGCGAUUUUUUAGAGUUUCAACGUUCGGGUGGAAAUACUUUUAGUUUGUAUGUUUGCUGUUGGUACUUUGGUUUUACCUUGUAAAAAUGAUGCGGAAGUUUAAAGACUAUAACAGAAAUAACAAUUUUUUGUUCAUUAUAAUCUAAAUUGUGACAAACUUUCGCAGUUGCGGAACUUCCGCAUUUUAUUUCCUGUAAUAUUGGCGAUUUUAAAAGUAUUUUUUUAUCUCUUAUAUUUUUGGAAUGUCCAUUAAAUAAAAAUAAAAACUUUUAAAAUUUUUCACAAGGUAUACAAACUAGUGAUGCGGAUGCGGAAGUAUAAAUACUAUAACAAAAAUAAGAAUUUUUUGUUCAUUUUUAUUAAAUUGUGCAAAACUUUCUUAGUUAAGAAACUUUCGUAUUUUUUUACCUGUAAAAUUGGCGAUUUUAAUUUUUUUUAUGGAACAUCCCAUAUAUUUUUAGAAUGUCCAUUAAAUAUUAAUAUUAAUAACUUAACAAUAAAAGUCUCAAUUUUUCACAUGAUAUAUAAACUAGUGACUUGGAUGCGGAAGUAUAACUACUAUAACAAAAAUAACAAUGUUUUGUGCAUUUCUAUUUUUUUUAUUAAAUUGUGAAAAACUUUUGCAAUUGCGGAACUUCCGUAUUUUAUGCCCUGUAAAAUUGUCGAUUUUAAAAUUAAAAAUUUUAUUUUUUUUUUGGAACAUACCGUAAUUUUUUUGAAUAUCCAUGAAAUAAGUUUUAAAAGUCUCAAUUUUUCACAUGAUAUAAAAACUAGUGAUGCGGAUGCGAAACUAUAACUACCAUAACAAAAAUAACAAUGUUUUGUUCAUUUUUAUUUAUUUUUUCGUAUUUUAUACCCUGUAAAAUUGGCGAUUUUAAAAUUAAAAAUUUUAUUUUUUUUUGGAACAUGCCGUAAUUUUUUUUGAAUAUCCUUGAAAUAAAAAUAUAAAUUUUAAAAGUCUCAAUUUUUCACGUGAUAUAAAAACUACUGACGCGGAUGCGAAAGUAUAACAACUAUGAAAAAAAUAACAAUGUUUUAUUAUUUUUUUUAUUAAAUUAUGCAAAACUUUUGCAGUCGCGGAACUUCCGAAUUUUAUACCCUGUAAAAUUGGCGAUUUUAAAAUUAAAAAUUUUAAUUUUUUUUACAUCCCGUAUAUUUUUGAAAUGUCCAUCAAAUAAAACUAGUAUUGCGGAUGCGGAAGUAUAAAUACCAUAACAAAAAUUAGAAUUUUUAGUUAAUUUUUAUUAAAUUGUACAAAACUUUCGCAGUUGCUGAAAUUGGCGAUUUUAAAAUUAAAAAUUUUAUAUAUUUUUUAACAUACUGGAUGUUUUUAGAAUAUCCAUUAAAUAAAAAAAUUAACUUUUAAAAGUCUCCAUUUUUCGCAUGAAAUAAAAACCAGUGACGCGGAUGCGGAAGUAUAACUACUAUAGAAAAAUAAAAAUGUUUUGUGCAUUUUUAUUUUUUUUAUUAAAUUGUAAAAAACUUUUGCAGUUGCGGAACUUUCGCAUUUUAUACCCUGAAAAGUUGGCUAUUUUAAAAUAUUUUUUUUUAUUUUUUUGAAAUGCCCAUUAAAUAAAAAAACAUGGUUUUAAAAGUCUCAAUUUUUUACAUGAUAUAAAAACUAGUGAUGCGGAUGCGAAAGUAUAAAUACUAAAACAAAAAUAUCAAUUUUUAGUCCAUUUUAAUUUAUUUUUAUUAAUUGUACAAAACUUUGGCAGUUGCGGAACGAUUUUUUUAAUCCAUUGAAUAAAAAAAAUUAACUUUUAAAAAUAUCUAUUUUUCACAGGGUAUAAAAACUAGUGAUGCUUAUGCGGAAUUAUAAAUACUAUAAGAAAAAUAACAAUAUUUUGUCAAUUUUUAUUAAUUGUGCAAAAUUUUGCUGUUGUGGAACGAUUUAAAAAUAAAAUUUUUUAUUUUGUUUUUAAGGUACAUUCCGUAUAUUUUAAGAAUGUCCAUUAAAUAAAUAAAAAUUAACUUUUAAAAGUCUCCAUUUUUCACGGGGUGAUGCGGAUGCGGAAGUAUAAAUACCAUAACAAAAAUAAAAAAAUGUCCAUUUUUAUUUAUUUUUAAUAAGUUUAUAUUUAAAUUUAACCAAGUUAUAUUUAAUAAACAGUAAUUGGCAAAGAUAAAAUAUUCGUGUUCGCCAUUGUACCUACCAACAGCAAACAUACCAAAUAAAAAACUCAAGAAGGGUCAGUUAUUUUUCUCACCAAAUCUGACCAAACUUCGAAAUUCAAUGAAAUUUCCAAUGUCCCUAAUAAUUUGGCAACCCACUGUAAGAUUUGUACUUUUUAUCUUUGUAAAUAUGACAAACUACAGGGUGCACCAAUUAUCCUUCUAUGUAUGGGUAUAUUUUCUAUUUGAAAAUCUGCGCUUCCCAAAUAAUUUAAAAAAAAAAACUAAAAACUUUUCAAAAAGAAAAAUCGUGAUUUUUUAUUUUUUUUUUCGCCUACUAGAUUUUAAUUUACCUACCAGAAAAACCAUCUUUUGUUUUUCGUAAGACCGCCAUUUUGGAAUUUUACAUGAAUAGAAAAAAAUGGUGACGAUUAUAAAAACAAAAUAUAAGUAGCAAAGAAACUGGAUGAAAAUGUUGAUAAAGGAGUUAUCAACGAUUUUUUUUUUAAACAUUUUGAGAACUUUUUUUCUUAACUUUUUAAAUAAAAAAAUACCCAAAUGUAUACCUAACCAUAAAAGGAUACUUGGUGCGCCCAGUAUAUAAAUAAGUUGUAUAUAUAUAUGUAUGUAAACCGUUCACUUUAUUUUUUCAUGUUGCCAUUUCAUACGACAGUGCCAUUUUUUCGAAAUUGUUCGUGACAGUGUACUUCAUUAAUACUUAUACACUAAAAUCAUCUGUAAAUACCCAUUUUGAUGUACAAAUAUUUAUAUCCCACAAAAAUGAAGUUUACUGCUCAAAUGAGCCUGAAUAAUAACACUCGUUACACAUGCACUUAAUUUUUUGUUAAAGUUGCUCAAUUUUAGUGCAAUCACACCAACUGGGGUCGAAUUUUGACGUUUCACCUUCAAAGUUGUUGAAGGUUGAAAACCUCAAAAUUCAAACACCAUCCCAUCUGUUAUUUUACUACUCCAUGGCAAUUUCGUUAGAGUUCCUUUCUUAUUUUUCACUGUUUUAUUUUUUCAUAUUUUUACAUAUAGGCCGAGUGACUGUGUCAUGUGCAUUUAUAAAAAAAAAUGUAAAUAUUAUUUGUUUUUUAUUAUUGUUUAUGAAAGUUGCGAAUUUUGAAUGUGCAGUAACAAUUAAAAAAAAUACUGCAAGACUGAUAAAUGAAUGUUGUGUUUUGUGUAUAAAGUAAUUAUAUGUAAUAAAAAUAGUUUAUAGAAAAUAA